AUGGCCUCACUCGCCCUCCCAUCCCUCCUACGCACAUCCACCCGCGCUCUGCGACGGACCACAAUCCCCGCACUCUCCCCAUGUAUCCCCCGCAAGAUCUCCACGAAGCACCCAGCAGGCUUUGUGCCCCCAACAGAAGAUGAAUUACUAGAGCUUAGAGAGCGGGUGCAGGAUUUCACCAGGCGUGAGAUCCCUGCCGAGCUUGCUGCACGCACUGAUGAGCUCAAUGAGUUCCCUGCCGAGAUGUGGCAGAAGAUGGGUGAUGCUGGGUUCCUCGGUGUUACUGCGAAUGAAGAGUACGGUGGUUUAGGUAUGGGCUACCAGGCUCACUGCGUCGUGAUGGAGGAGAUUAGUCGGGCAUCUGGAAGUAUUGGUCUGUCCUAUGCAGCCCACUCCCAGCUCUGUGUGAACCAGAUCUCCCUCAAUGGCUCAACGGAGCAAAAAGCACGUAUUCUCCCAGGAUUGCUAUCCGGUGAAAAAGUCGGGGCUUUAGCUAUGUCAGAACAUUCAGCAGGGUCCGACGUCGUCAGUAUGAAGACUACAGCGAAGGAAGUUGAUGGUGGCUGGAUCUUGAACGGAACUAAAAUGUGGAUCACCAAUGGCCCUGAAGCCGACUAUAUUGUCGUCUACGCUAAGACAGAGCCCGAGCUAGGCUCCAAGGGAAUCACUGCCUUCCUGGUGGAAAAGUCCUUCAAGGGCUUCUCUUGCGCACGCAAGCUAGAUAAGCUGGGAAUGCGCGGCUCGAACACCGGCGAGCUAAUCUUCGAAGAUGUCUUCGUCCCUAGUGAAAAUCUCCUAGGAGAAAUCAACCGUGGAGUCAAGGUUCUCAUGGAAGGCCUGGACCUUGAACGACUCGUCCUGAGUGCAGGACCACUAGGAAUUAUGCAAGCAGCACUCGACCUCGUCCUGCCAUAUACCCACGUCCGCAAACAAUUCGGCAUGCCAAUUGCUCACAACCAAUUGAUUCAGGGUAAGCUCGCAGACAUGUAUACCAAGCUUGCCGCCUCACGGGCAUACACAUACGCCACAGCCCGGGAAGUCGACAAUGCAGCCGUGGCGCCUGGCGAAAUGAACAUCCGCACGCAAGACUGCGCCGGUGCAAUCCUGUACGCUGCCGAGCGCGCCACUGAAUGCACGCUCGAUGCUAUUCAGUUGAUGGGCGGCAGCGGAUAUAUCAACGAGAUCCCUGCUGGACGUCUUCUCCGCGAUGCAAAGUUGUAUGAGAUUGGCGCUGGUACUAGCGAGAUUCGCAGGAUGGUCAUUGGUCGUGCAUUUAACAAGGAAUAUGCUUAG